UGAAAACAAGGUCGUGUGGGAAAAAAAGGGGGAAUCUGGGCAAUGCAGUGAAGAGAGGCUCAGAGGGAUGUCAUGUCCAGCUGACAGUAGUGCAAACUACACAGAGCAUCACGUCUGAAAACAAACAAACCUAUGAUAUUUACCAAGUCGAUCGAAAGAGGACUUCAACUAAAGAACAGAUACACAACAUCGAUAGGUUGUACAAUGACUGAGCCCUGCGGUAUGCUGUAGGCUACAUGAACUUGUUGUAGGCCUGUUAGUGCUCUAUUGCUAGGUGCUUAUAUAGGCUAAUAUACUGGUAUGUACAGCUCAUCAUCGGGGAUUCCGCAUUAGACUCGGUUGUGUACAGCUACAGAUCCGACACAUACAGACCCAUACGCCUCGGUCCGACUCAGAUACCGGCCGUCAUGUCCACGGGGAUGCGGACUGAGAACCGCGAGGACUCGGGGGUCCUGGAUGCUGCGGCUCUGAGGCAGCAGAGGAGGCUGAAACAGGCGAUCCAGUUCCUUCACAAAGACUCAGCUGAUCUGCUGCCUUUGGAUGGACUGAAGAAACUCGGGACAUCGAAACAGGGGCAGCCGCACCAUAUUCUCCAGAAGCGCCUGCUGGAAGCCAAGUUGUCCCGGGGAAGGAUGCGCAUGUGUGGAGUGACACCAAACAACGGAGGGGUCCUUCUGAGCUGUAAUCAUUUAAACUCACACGAGGAGAAUGAAGAGGAGGAUGAUUUCAUGUAUGUGCCCUGCAAGUGUUUAGGACAGGAGGUGAAUGUGCUGAUUGACACCGGCUGUAAACUGAACCUGAUGUCCUCACUUACUGUGGAGAGAUAUGGUUGGAAAGAACUGGUUGAGGAGAACAAAAUGGAGACAAAUGGUUUUCCAUUUCAGCGGAAGCUUUGUAUUGAUGGCCAUAUCAAAGAACUCAGCCUAACCAUCGGGCAGCUCAGAAUAAUGUGCUCCUUUACCAUAGUAGAAAGUAACAAACCACUGAUGUCCCUGGGCAACAAGACAUUAAAGUCACUGAAGUGCAUAAUUGACACUGAAAAGCAGAUGUUGGUGUUUGGGACAAAUGUAAGGGAGCAAGUUCAGUUUGCCAAAAAGCCAUUUAAUGAAAGUUCCUAUGACUUCAGCGACCUGUGAUACUGACCUCGCUUGUCCCCAACACGCACAGUGACCAAAAGCAAUAGAAUUAUUUACUCUACAACUAGAUGCCUCACUGGGGAACUUUAAAAAAUAAAUUUCUCACCUCAUAAAUUCUCACUUUCUCUUUGUUUGCUGCGUUCAUUCGUCAGAUAAUCCACUUUGACUUCACUUAUUUUUGACAUAAAGCAGUGGUUUGCAUAGCAGCUGCUCCCACGAACUUCCUCCUGCAGCAUUCUUAUAGCCUAUGAUCAUGUCUUAGCUGUCACUACAGUAGUACGUAUUGUGCGGCUAGUUAACUAACUAACAGAACCUUUAGUGCUGUAGACUGUUAGAAUUGUGAUUUAUAAGUCUUGUAUCCUAUAAAUUCACAGUGGGCUAGAACAAAGGUCAGAUGGGUUUUUAUUUCAUGUGGAAUGUAGCUGAUAAGCUUAGUACAGAACAACUGUUUGUUUACGGUAUUUUAUAAUGUUGUAAAUGUAUUUUCUAGUCCAAAACAUGUAUUUGCAUUGAGGUCACUGCCUUUUAAUGUUUACAAAAUUAUAGUGACACUUAAUAUGUUUUACCUUGUGACUGUAGCAAAGUGCAGCACUGGAUAUCGAAUAAAAUCCCAAAUGAUGUGAAAGUU